AACUGUGCUGAUCUGAUCUCUCAUCUUAGACGAAAAAAGAAAAAGAGAGAAAAAAUGGACGCGAGCAUGAUGGCUGGACUCGAGGGUCUUGGUGCAGAAGACCAAGCAAAAAUGGCCUCCAUGAUCGAUCAGCUUCAGCUUCGUGAUAGCUUGAGAAUGUACAAUUCGCUGGUGGAGAGGUGUUUCGUGGACUGUGUGGAUUCAUUUACGCGCAAGACUCUGCAGAAACAAGAGGAGACUUGUGUGAUGCGAUGUGCUGAGAAGUUCCUCAAGCACACAAUGCGUGUAGGUGCACGGUUUGGUGAGCUCAACCAGAACGCACCAACUCAAGACUGAUGAUGUCUACUUGUGUUGGUUUGGUUUUUUCGUCCGGUUUAUGUGUUGGAACCCAGAAUAAACCGGUUUUUAGUGGUUCAGACAACUACUACUCAAUACUACUGUUCUUUGAGAUUGAUAAUACUCGUGUAUUUUUAAGUUAUUUUGUAUCUGAUUUUGAAGAUAUGAUUUGCAUUUCAAUGGUGAUAAUGUCUAUGACUUAUCAUUUUAUAUUUUGAUUUUUCUAGUGACCGA